AUGGGAUCCAACAUAGAGGAAGCGGUUAGGGCCAAAGCAUUUGCCGAGCAGCAGUUCAUGCAGAAAAACUUUGCGGGAGCCCAAAAUUUCGCCCUUAAAGCCCAGAUGCUCUGCCCUGCACUCGAAGGCAUAUCCCAAAUGGUGGCCACAUUCGGAGUCUACAUGGCAUCCGAGGCCAAAAUCAACGGCGAGCCUGAUUUCUACUCUAUCCUAGGGCUGGACCCGUCCGUGGACCGGUCCAAGAUAAAGAGACAGUACAAGAAGCUGGCCGUGCUGCUCCACCCCGACAAGAACAAGACUGUCGGUGCCGAUGGGGCCCUCCGGCUCGUCUCCGAUGCGUGGACCCUUCUGUCAGAUAACACCAGGAGGAGCUCUUAUGAUCAGAGAAGGAAUCUGCUUUCAUCUUCCCAUGGGAGAUUGGAUACAUUCUGGACCGUGUGCACGUCUUGUCACGUUCAGUACGAGUACCUCCGUAAAUACGUCAACAAGCGGCUCUCUUGUAAAAACUGUCGUGGUGUGUUUGUUGCAGUGGAAACUGGGCUGAGCCCGCACGAUGGUGUUUUCCCAUACGGCAAUUACUCGUAUGCACCUGAGAAUGGCUAUGGAGGUCACGGUUCUGGUUUUACUUAUGCGUCAACAGCUACGGGCCGCUGUGGACAAAAUGGGGCUUCCGGGCAUCACACCGGGUACAGAAACGAGUACGUCUCGAAUAUAUCGUUUCAGGGUAACCCCUCUGGGAUUGUGGAUGCUAAUGGACUUUCCUCUUCAUCUUUCUCCUUUUAUCAAGCCAACAAGGAGGGAAGCAAGUCCAUAUCCAAUGGAAAACUUGAGAAGGUUGAUGCAAGCCCCAGCCAGGGCGAAAUACCACGGCCAAAGCGUGGACGGCCCGCCAAGAAGAUAAAAUCAGAGCCUGGAGGCCCGUUCACCGCCGGGCCCGAAAUGAUUGUCCCGAAUAAAAACGCAGUUGAGUUGAAAGCAGCAGCCAAUGGGAGCACAGCACUAAAGUCCGAGAAUCAGGCGAGACGUGCCACGGCUGCCCGUGUGGUCGAUGUCCGGCAGCUGUUGAUUGCGAAAGGCAGAUCCGUUAUCCGUAUGGAACUUGAAGAGAUGACACGGGAAGCUGAGGAGGCGGAGAGGAAAAAAGCACUUGCGAUCGAAUCAAAUGCUGGCUCCAAACUACAGCCGGAAGUCAAAAGAAAUGCUGCUAUGUCGAUCACAGUUCCCGAUUCGGACUUCCGCGAUUUCGACAUGGACAGGUCUGAAGAAUGCUUCAAGCCCAAGCAGAUAUGGGCCCUCUAUGAUGAAGAAGACGGCAUGCCCCGUCUAUACUGCCUAAUCCGUGAUGUCAUCUCGUUAAGCCCGUUCAAGAUUUUUAUAAGCUACCUGAGCUCGAGGUCCGACACUGAGUUCGGGCCGGUCAACUGGUUGGACUCCGGGUUCACCAAAUCGUGCGGGAAUUUCAGGGUGUUCCACUCGGAGACGGUGGAGCAGGUCAACAUAUUCUCUCACCUUUUGAGCCGUGAGAAAGCUGGGCGAGGAGGGUGCGUGAGGAUAUACCCAAGAAAAGGGGAUAUUUGGGCGGUUUAUAAGAACUGGUCUCCCGAUUGGAACAGGUCGACACCAGAUGAGCUGAGGCACCAGUAUGAGAUUGUGGAGGUUGUUGAUGAGUAUUCGGAGGAAAACGGUGUGUGGGUGAGGCCCGUGAUAAAGCUGGAAGGGUUCAAGACGGUUUACCGGAGGAAUGGGGAUGAAGGUGCCGCUUGGUGGGUACCGAGAAGGGAGAUGUUGCGUUUUUCACACCAAGUGCCAUCUUUCCCACUUGAGGUUGAAAAGACGAAAUUGCCCGAGGGGUGUUGGGAUCUCGACCCGGCUGCCACCCCGGAUGAGUUUCUUCGCAGGCAAAUGGAUGUGAAGGAAGAUAAGAUUCGAAACCAGAUUUGCGAUUUGAACCUGGAUGCGAAUGAUGGGAAUUUGGAGUAA